AUGGCACCGGUUCUUUUCAACCUGUACAUGGCUGCUGUCUUUCAUACCUGGAAGCAGCGGAUGGAAGGCGUGGAUGGCUUCCGUGUCGAUAUCCGGUACAACAUUAGUCUCUCCAAGACCAAGUUCAUGGUGAUCAGCAGAGACAUUUCUGAUGCGGACCUCGCCCCUGUUUGUGUUGGUUCGAACCAGAUCGAGUGCGUAACGGAGUUUCGCUACCUUGGGUCGAUCAUCGAUACGUCUGGCCGGUGUUCGAUUGACAUUUCCUCCAGAAUUGCGGCUGCCUCCCGUGCGUUUGGCUCCCUGAGGAAGCCAGUUUCCAGCAACCACCAUCUGUCCAUCCGCACCAAGAAGACUAUCUUCAAUGCGUGCGUUGUCACCAUUCUGCUGUACGGAGGUGAGUGCUGGGUACCCCUCCAAGCCAACAUCCGGAGGCUCUCCACGUUCUACAUGCAGAGUGUGCGUACCGUUCUUGGCAUAACAAGGUUAGACGCCUGGCAAGAGUGGACUAGCAAUGAUCAGUUGCUGGACAUGUGGGGCGACAAGCGCCUACUUGCUGUCCGGAUUCACCAGCGACGACUUGAGUGGUUGGGUCAUAUUGCUCGCAUGCCACCAGAUCGCAUCCCGAAGAUUCUGUUGUUCGGUCUGCUCCCAUCCCGCUGUCCACCUGGAGGUCCACGCAAACGCUGGAAAGACUGCAUUAGUGCAGACCUGAAGGCCCUGAAUGCUGUGGAGGGAUGGUACGAUCUGGCAGAUUCUCGCCCCGACUGGCGCCGCAUGUACCGCUGUUUCGACCCCGAGUCGCCCACACCCAAUGUCCAUUGCCAAGUAUGUGAUCGGUACUUCUCUCGCCCAUCAGAUGAGAAGCGUCACAAAUGCUAG